AUGCAAUCAAAAUUAGUGGUUGGUGGUUGCAGUUUCCACUGAGGCUCGCAGGAGGCUCUGAAUGGUGCCCAGGUGGAGUCUGCUCGGAGCCGAUCCGCAACGGCCCCGAAGUCGCACCGACCCAGUACGGAGGUACUGCGAAAGUGCAGGUGUCCUCAACACCUUCAGGACUGCUCGAUGAGUUCGCGACAAUCGACUUCACCAACGCCAUCACCGUCUCCCACGAUCCUCACAAAUUCCCGCCAUUGACUAAGAGAUUGAACAUUGAGCUCGCCUUUUCUUCCAUUCUCAACGCGCACAUUCAAUCGGCCUGUUACUUGGUAGCAGCACUUACAGCCACCAGUUUACCAUCUCUCACAAUGUUAUCCGCCUUAGGAAAUCCGCGGCAAGCCGCCGCCCAAAUUCUGAAUUUCGGAUUGAUUCUAUCAACGGCAUUCAUGAUGUGGAAAGGACUAUCUGUUAUCGCCGACUCGCCCUCACCCAUUGUCGUCGUUCUCUCAGGGUCCAUGGAGCCGGCCUUCCAGCGUGGGGAUUUACUCUUCCUAUGGAACCGAAAUUUGCUCGAGGAUACCAAGGUGGGCGAGAUUGUGGUGUAUAACGUGAAGGGAAAGGAUAUUCCAAUCGUUCAUCGAUUGGUGCGGAAGUUUGGCACUGGGUGAGUUUGGCGCGUUUGUUUCUGUGGAAGCCAUGAUAUGGGUUGCAUACCUCAUACCUUGAUAUAUUCAUUUACUGACUUUUGCCUUUUAGGGAGGGCGCCAAAUUACUUACGAAAGGAGACAACAAUGUGGCAGACGAUACCGAGCUAUAUGCCCGAGGACAGGAUUACAUUGAGCGGAAGGAUAUUAUUGGAAGCGUGGUGGCAUACAUACCGUUGGUUGGAUAUGUGACGAUUAUGUUGAGUGAACACCCAUGGCUGAAGACCGUCAUGCUGGGGAUCAUGGGAUUGGUGGUGGUAUUGCAGAGGGAAUAG